GGCGCCGCCUCGGGGCUGGCGGGGCACGCCCUGAGCGAGGGCAGCGGCGGCGGCAGCGGGACCUGCCCCGGGCUUGGCGGGCGCCUCAGGGCGAGGGGAGGGCCGGGGGAGAAGGGAGGAGGGCCGGGAGGCGGCUCCCGUCCCUCUCGGCGGCGGUUUCAAGCGGCGGUGGCGGUGGUGAGGCAGGGCUAAGAUGGCGGCAGGAUGAGCGGCGGCCGGCAGCGCACAUUGCCGCAGGUGUGGCGGGUGCCUGAGGGCAGAGCGGACCGGAGGGAGCCGGCCGGGGACAGCGAUGACGAGCUGCUGCUGGCAGCCGCGGCCGCGGCCGACCCCGGCCCGCCGCAGGGCUUCAGCGAGGCGGCGGGCUCCAUCUGGAUCUACCCCACCAACCUGCCCGUGCGCCCCUACCAGGAGCGCAUGGCGGGCGCCGCGCUGCUGGCCAACACCCUGGUGUGCCUGCCCACCGGGCUGGGCAAGACCUUCGUGGCCGCCGUGGUCAUGUACAACUUCUACCGCUGGUUCCCCUCGGGCAAGGUGCUGUUCCUGGCCCCCACCAAGCCGCUGGUGGCUCAGCAGAUGGAGGCGUGCGGCCGCGUCAUGGGCAUCCCGUGCCGGGACAUGGCGGAGAUGACAGGAGGAACCCAGGCUCUGGGCCGGCGGGAGCUGUGGAACACCAAGAGAGUCUUUUUCCUCACUCCUCAGAUAAUGGUCAAUGACCUCUCUCGUGGGACCUGUCCUGCUGUGGAGAUCAAAUGUCUGGUUAUUGAUGAAGCCCACAAAGCCCUUGGCAAUCAUGCCUACUGCCAGGUUGUGAGGGAGCUGAGCAAAUACACAAAUCAGUUCCGGGUCCUGGCCCUGAGUGCCACCCCAGGCAGUGACACCAAGGCUGUGCAACAAGUUAUCUCCAACUUGCUGAUUGCUCAGGUAGAGGUGUGUGCUGAAGAUUCUCCAGAAAUUCAGCCUUACUCUCACGAGAGACAAGUGGAAAAAAUUGUAGUUCCACUUGGGGAAGAGCUGGUAGAAUUUCAGAACACUUACAUCAAGGUGCUGGAAGCAUUUGCUGGGCGCCUGAUUAAGGUGGGAGUUUUAUCCAGGAGGGAUAUUCCCAGCCUGACCAAGUACCAGAUCAUCCUGGCAAGGGAUCAGUACAGGAAGAACCCCUCUGCACAACAUGCAGGAAUCCAUCAAGGCAUCAUUGAAGGAGACUUUGCCCUUUGUAUCAGUCUGUACCACGGGUACGAGCUGCUGCUGCAGAUGGGAAUCCGCUCCUUAUUCAUCUACCUGUGGGGAAUCAUGGAUGGAUCCAAAGGAUUGUCCCGCAGCAAGAGCGAGCUGGGGCGCAACCAGGACUUCAUGGAGCUCUACCAGCAGCUUCAGGACAUGUUCUCAGACACUGCUGUGACUCCUGAGAGUGGAAGUGCUGGCAACAGCACAACAGGGUUGGAAAAGAAAAAGGAAUUUGUCUACAGCCAUCCAAAAUUGAAGAAAUUGGAGGAGAUUGUAAUAGAACACUUCAGAUCCUGGAAACAGGGAGGUUCUGCAGAUGAGGACAGGAGUGAGGGCUCCCCCGGGGACACGAGGGUGAUGAUCUUCUCGUCGUUCCGGGACAGCGUGCAGGAGAUCGCCGAGAUGCUGGCGCGGCUCAGCCCGGCCGUGCGCGCCAUGACCUUCGUGGGACACUCCUCGGGCAAGAGCACCAAGGGCUUCACCCAGAAGGAGCAGCUGGAGGUGGUGAGGCGAUUCCGGGAGGGCGGCUACAACACCCUGGUGUCCACGUGCGUGGGCGAGGAGGGGCUGGACAUCGGCGAGGUGGAUCUGAUCGUGUGCUUCGACGCGCAGCGCAGCCCCGUGCGCCUGGUGCAGCGCAUGGGCCGCACCGGCCGCCGCCGCCACGGCCGCAUCGUCGUCAUCCUGGCCCAGGGCCGCGAGGAGAGGACCUACAACCAAAGCCAGUGUAACAAAAGGAGCAUCCACAAAGCCAUCUCAGGGAACAAAACCCUUCGUUUCUACCAGCACAGCCCACGGAUGGUUCCAGAAGGCAUCAAUCCCAAAGUGCACAAAAUGUUUAUCACUGCUGAAAAGCAGGAGCAGAGCACCUCCAGGGUGCUUUCCAAAGAGAGGAGAAGCAGUUCCCUGCAGCACAAAUCUGCUCUCUCUGCCUGUGUCACUGGCCAAAAGCAAAUGAACUCCCAUGAGAGCUGGUCCUUGUCCCCUGAGGAGUUUGAAAUAUGGGACAGGCUCUACAGGAUUAAGGAAAGUGAUGGGAUAAAGGAACCAGUGUUGCCUCGAGUUCAGUUUGAAACCUUGGAAAACCUGGAGGAAACACCAUUUCCCCUGCAGAAGCCCGAGGAGGGGGCAGCUCAGGAGCUCUCCCUGUCUGAGUGGAGCCUUUGGCAGAAUCAGCCUCUGCCCACAUCCCUGGUGGAUCACUCGGAUCGUUGUCGCCUCUUCAUCAGGGCCAUGGAGAUGAUGGAGCUGAUGAGGCACCAGCAGGGAGACUGCAGCUAUGGGCAGGAGCUCCAGCCUCACCUACGGAUGGAAGAUGUGAACAUUCCAGGGAACAAAAGGAAUCCCUCCAUGGCCAACCCCCCCUGGGAUCAGAGAGGUCGCUGCUCCAGGAAAGACCUGGCAAAACCCAAACCCAAACCAUUCCCUCCUGAUGCAGGUGAUGACGGGAGUGACUUCUUUGCCACCUUUAAAAGAACCAAAGCCAAGGCUCCCAGAAGAGCCCCUGGGCUCGGUGAGGAAGUGCCUGUGUUGCCUCAGGAUCCCCCUGCCCCUCCCUCAGGAACAAGGCUUGCUGUGCCUGGACCCUCUCACCCAGGCACUGACAAGGACGAGGGCAUGGAGGUGACGUUUGACUUAAAUGCAUUUAUUGACCUGUGUGACAACAGUGACAGCCCUGAAAGCCCUGCCAGUCCAGCAGCACAGGAGAACAGCCCUGCAGGUGAGGCCUGUGGGGCCCUGGGGAGGAUCCACAGGGACUCGGGGUACGAGACCUCCCCCGUGGCCUCGGACCUGUUUUAUCUCCCCGAAUCCUGCAGGGAUUCCUUCACACUCCCAGCGCCAGCCCAGGAGCCCCCGGGGCUGGGACAAACAUUUUCCCAGGUGCAAAGGCUUUUGUCACAGUCCCCUCCCUCUGGGGAUGAACUGGAGGGUUUGGAGAGCCUGAUGAGAGAGGAAGGAACAAGAUCUCCUUCCCCAAAAGUUCUCCCUGAUGGUCGCUCAGAGGCACUGCAGGACAGCGUCUCCCCCAUCUCCCCAAAAACUGAUCCUCCCCUGCUGCUCCUGGAGAAUCCCAAAGUGGCAGUUCCCAGGGAACUCUGUGCCUCAGGAAGUCCCCAUUUGUCCAAAACUGUGUCAUCUGCCAAGGCUGCUGCUGUUGAAGAGGAGCAGCUCUGGAAUGACAGCUUUGAUGGCCUGUUCGACGGCGAGGAAUUCCCUGAAAUCCCAAACAACGCUCCCAGCAGGGACCACCCCCUGACAAACGGCCCUUCAAAGGAGCCUUUCCUUCCCAAGGACACAGCAGAGGCUGCCCUUGAAGUUCCUGGUGGGGAGCAGAGUCUCUAUUUGUUUGAGGAUGAGGCUGGUGAGGACAUGGGCGAGGGCAGCCCCAUGAGCACUGAGCCUCCAGCCAGGAGCAUCCCUGGGACAGAGGGACAGCCAGGCAGGGCAUUGCCCUGUGUGAGCCCCACCCAGCCCUGCAGGGAAUCCCUGGGGACAUCAGCAGUGGCCCUGGAGAAGGAUGAUCCCUACGACUGCUCCCAGGACCUGUUCUCUGUCACCUUCGACCUGGGCUUCUCCAUCGAGGACAGCGGGGAUGAGACCCCUGAGGAGAGCAGGGAUGCUGGUGACCCCACACUGAACAGGGCCCUGGGGAGUGCCAAAACACCCCUGAGUGAUGGCUCCAGGCUGGAAACCUCCCCAGGGUGGGACUGCAGGAGGCUUAAGAGCAGGGACAUGUCCACACCGUUGUCACACCAGAGCAGGGGCAGGAACGGCAGGGAAGGGGCCGAGGGUGCUCCUGCUGCAGGGCCUGUCCUCGAGUCAGGAGGCAGCAGGAGGGGAAGGGAGCCCCCUGAACCUUUGCCUUCAGCACUUCUGACCCCAGCAGGCAGGAAGGGUGUGAAUAUCAAGGCUGUCAAAAGAAUUCCUAUGAAAGUCUUCUCAAAUGCCAGGGAGCAAAUUCCAGAGGUGCCUCCUGUAGAUCAAGUCAAAGAGAGCCCGUGGAGGCAGAACUUUGGGAGAUCAGCCUUGGAUUCCCCUCCAGGGAGGACAGAAAGCCUGGAGAACACCAAACUCCAUGGAUCCCAUGCUGCAGGACCCAGCAGUGACAGUGAGGAAGAGAUCGUUUUCCAGAGAAAGAAAAGGAUAAAAAAUAAUGUUUUGAAGUCUCCUGAUGGGAUGGACGAGAGCGACCUGGAGUCUCCAGCUUGGGUCACCAGGAAACGCCGGCGCCCUCCCAACGUGUCAGACACGUCCAGUGAGGACAGUGGGGAUUUCCAGAGGGGCAGGAGCAGCUCCAGGGCCAGGCCCCGGCCAGGAGGAGCCAAAUGUGCCAGGAGCUGUGUGACAGCCAAGGCUGCAGGCAGGCAGUUCCUGGAGGAGGAGGCCGAGCUGUCCCUGCUGGAUGCUGAGGGGAUCUCGUCGGACGAGAGCGACGGCGCCGGGGAGGAGCUGAGCCCGUCGCUGGCCCAGUUCCUCGAUGAUGAAGGGGAACCCACACAGGCCCUCAAUGACAGUGAGAUGAGGGCAGUUUACCUGAGCUCCGUGCGCAGCCCCGCCCUCGGCAGCCGCUACAAGAUGGUCCACAGGAAGUUCAACCCCUCAACCAUCUUCUCCCAGAUCCCUGAGCAAGACGUGACCUAUGCUGAGGACAGUUUCUGCGUGGGGGAUGAGGAGGAGGAGGCUCCCAGUGGCUGCAGUGAGGAGGAAGAGUGUGUGGAUUUCGAUCUGCUCACCAGGGAGGCCAGCAGCAGGCAGCAGUACCUGACCCGCCGCAGGAGGAGGCUGGGCCAGGCCCGGCAGGCAGGGAACGCUCCCGCCCCCCUGCAGAAGAAGAAACCUUCCAGAAUUAUUGUCCCGAGUGACUCCAGCGAGGAGGAGAUGGGAGCCAGCAGGGACAGGCCCCUGGAAGCAGGGCAGGGCAAGGGGCAGCUCCCCAAGGCUCUGCCCUCAGCCCCCUCUGCACAGCCCAGGAGCAGGGCUGGGGAAGCCACAGCUCCUCAGGCUGGGGGGCAGGACACAGAGAGGCUGCUGGGCCUGGAAGCUUCCAUGUCUGGGAUGCUGGAUUCCCCCCCAGAGCAGCCAGGCAGGAGCACAUCCAUCCCCCCAGCUGGAUCUGGCUGCAGGAGCACGGAUCUGCAGGCUGCUGCUGAGGUGUCCAGCUCUUUGAAGACCCACGGGAGCAGCUCAGGCUCGGCGUGUCCUGCUGUCCCAAACCCCUCCUCGGCCACGGCUGGGAUAUCCCGUGUUCUCUCUGAGCACAGCCCCUCCCCGGCUGGGAUAUCCCGUGUUCUCUCUGAGCACAGCCCCUCCCCGGCUGGGAUAUCCCGUGUUCCCGGGGAGCACAGCCCCUCCCCGGCUGGGAUAUCCCGUGUUCCCUGUGAGCACAGCCCCUCCCUGUGCAUCCUGGCGGACAGCCGGGAGAUCUGCUCGGGGCCGGAGGUGCUGUCGUGCCUGCGGGCCGGGCACGGGCUCCGGGUGCAGGUUUGCUCCCUGGGCAGCAGCGAUUACAUCGUCAGCAACCGCCUGGCCGUGGACAGGGUGCUCCAGUCGGAGCUGCAGAGCCCCGGGAACAGGAAUAAACUCAGCCAGAGGCUGCAGCGCCUGCAGGGCAUCUUCGAGAGGAUCUGUGUGAUUGUGGAGACAGACAGGGUCAGGCCAGGAGAAACAUCCCGGUGUUUCCAGAGGACUCAGCACUACGAUGGAGUGCUCUCAGCCUUGGUCCAGGCUGGAAUAAAGAUCCUCUUCAGCUCCUGCCAGGAGGAAACUGCAGCUUUGCUGAAGGAGCUGGCUCUGCUGGAGCACAGGAAGGAUGCUGCCAUCCAGGUGCCAACGGAGCCGGAGGGGCACCGCCGGGACAUCCUCAACUUCUACCUGAGCAUUCCCAACCUCAGCUACGCAGCUGCCCUCAACCUCUGCCACUCCUUCGGCUCCAUCACAGCCGUGGCCAACAGCUCGGUGCCGGCGCUGGCGGCGGGGGCGCGGCUGAGCCGGCCCCAGGCUGAGGAGCUCCACCGGUUCCUGCGCCACGACUUCGACCUGCAGCUGCUGCCGCAGCCCCUGCCCGCCAAGGGGAAGGGCUGAGCUCGGCACUCCGGGCCCUGCACUGCACUUUACCCAGUCGGGAUUGGCUGUAAAUGAUGUAAAUAAACACUUGUCAAACCUCA